CAACCAAGAGCUGCAGCAGGAGUGAACAGAAGCGAGAGCGGUAGCUAGCCAUCAGCCGCGAACAGAACCAGCAGCCGCCAGCAGCCUCCAGCCACCGACGGCCUCCCGCUGAAACCCCUCAAAACCGUCCACCGCCGCCGGCAGCGACUCCAGACAGCUAACCGAGCGGAGCGGAGACUGCAGCACUGGCAGCCCUGCGUCUUCAGACCGCCCCCCCGCCCCCGCCCCCCCGGUUCGGGCUCAGGUCUUCAGCGCUGCACGGCCUCACAGCGAGCGCGACAUGGUGGAUGUGACCAAGUGGCCCCUGUUCAGCCUGAUGGGGCCCCAGGAGCUCUGCCUCAUUCGGAAGGCCUGCGUGUUCGGAACGUCGGCCAAUGAGGCCAUCUACGUGACCACGGACGACGAGGUGUUUGUGUUCGGACUGAACUGCAGCAACUGUCUGGGGACGGGAGACAGCCAGAGCACCAUCGUACCCAAGAAGCUGGACUUCCUCAGCGGGAGGAAGGUGGUCAGCCUGAGCUACGGAAGUGGACCCCACAUCCUGCUGGCCACAGAAGAUGGCGAGCUGUUCGCCUGGGGCCAUAACGGCUACAGCCAGCUGGGCAAUGGGACGACCAACCAAGGGGUUGCUCCGGUGCUCGUGUCUGCCAACCUGCUGAAUAAGAAGGUGACGGAGGUGGCCUGUGGCUCCCACCACUCCAUGGCUCUGACCGACGCAGGAGAGGUUUACGCGUGGGGCUACAACAACUGCGGCCAGGUGGGCUCGGGGUCCACGGCGAACCAGCCCACCCCCCGCCGGGUGUCCAGCUGCCUGCAGAGCAAGGUGGCCGUCAGCAUCGUCUGCGGCCAGACCUCGUCCCUGGCGGUCGUCGACAACGGAGAGGUGUACGGCUGGGGCUACAACGGGAACGGACAACUGGGACUCGGGAAUAACGGCAACCAGCUGACGCCCUGUCGCCUGGCAGCACUGCAGGGUGUGUGUGUGCAGCAGAUUGUCUCGGGCUACGCUCACUCUCUGGCGCUAACAGACGAGGGCUUGCUCUACGCCUGGGGCUCCAACACGUACGGCCAGCUGGGCACCGGCAACAAGAGCAACCAGCUGAGCCCGGUUCAGAUCAUGACCGAGAAGGAGAGGAUAGUGGAGAUCGCCGCGUGCCACUCCACGCACACGUCGGCCGCCAAGACGCAGAGCGGCCAGGUGUACAUGUGGGGCCAGUGCCGGAGCCAGUCCGUCCUGCUGCCGCUGCUCACGCACUUCGCCUGCACCGACGACGUCUUCGCGUGCUUCGCCACGCCCACCGUGAUGUGGAGGCUGCUGUCGAUGGAGCAUGACGACUUCCUGACGGUGGCUCAGUCUCUGAAGAAGGAGUUUGACAACCCCGAGACGGCUGACCUCAAGUUCUGCGUUGACGGCAAAUAUAUUUAUGUCCACAAAGCAAUUCUCAAAAUCAGGUGUGAACACUUCAGGUCGAUGUUCCAGUCCCACUGGAACGAAGACAUGAAGGAGGUGAUUGAAAUAGAUCAGUUCUCCUAUCCGGUCUACCGCUCUUUCCUGGAGUUCCUCUACACAGACAAUGUGGAACUUCCUCCCGAAGACGCCAUCGGACUGCUGGAUCUGGCCACGUCGUACUGUGAGAACCGCCUCAAACGCCUCUGCCAGCACAUCAUCAAGCGGGGCAUCACGGUGGAGAACGCCUUCUCCCUGCUGUCCGCCGCCGUGCGCUACGACGCCGAAGACCUGGAGGAGUUCUGCUUCCGGUUCUGCAUACACCACCUGACGGAGGUGACGCAGACCGCCGCCUUCUGGCAGAUCGACGGGAACCUGCUGAAGGACUUCAUAAGCCGGGCCAGUCGCUGCGGAGCCUUCAAGAACUGAGGUGGGGGCGAAGGGGGGGCGGCGGCCGGGAGACGCAGCGCCUCCCGGCGGCUGCUCCGCCCGGCGCCUCACAGGAUGUUGUUAUUGAUCAGGUCGACAGUGACGAGCGUCGUUUCCCACGGUGCCUGAUCUCCUGGACGUGCACAUAUCGGCUUUCCCGAUCAACUUAUUGAUUUGCAAACUGAAACAUUCUUGCCAGUUGCUUGACGUCACUUUAUUUAGUGUUUUUUUUUUCUUUCUUUUCUUUUUUCAGUGACCAAUUUACUUCAAGGCUUUUUGCGUUUGAGUUUCAAAUGAGAUUUUCCUCAUUUGUACCAGAAGACCACACCUUAGUUUGAAAAUGCUGCUGAGGUUCAGACACUCUUUGCACUUAUAGAUGAAAGAUUAAAGGAGCACUGGAGGAAUGAAUUUGAAUGUUUCAUCAAUAUUCAGGCAUUUGGGUCUGGAUUCAAUUUGUUUAGGUCAACUCGGUCAGCAGAAGACGACCGAAAGAUCUGGACUCAGGUUACAGUUGAACUCUACAUCCCAGGUUAAGCUUUUAUUUUGAGGUCUUAUUCUUUUGAGCGUGUUGUCACGGCUCCCCCUGGUGGUGCAGCGGGCUAGGUUUCCACCCUCAGAGCGAGACGACUAGCCCAGUCUGCUGUUGGGACUGUUUAAAAAACAGCUGCUCAGUAGAAGUUAUCAGCUGCAGUCUCAGUCGUUACAAAUAUACUUUUAUUUUCACCACUGAAAAGGAGAUGAACAGGAAGUGGUUUGUUGCAUUGAUUGAUUUUUUUUUUUGUUGUUAAUCUGCAACAAACUGCUGAAUGUUGAACUUUAUACAGAAACACGUCGAUGAAAUAUUUUUAAAGACAUCUGUGAGACAGAUGUGGACAGACUGAAGACUAUUGGCUCAUUUCUAUUAAUGAGUGUUGUGAAGUGCCAGUUACCUUUUGUAAAUAAAUUACUGCAAAAUAAAAAAAUAUACA